UGUCACUUGGAAGGCAAUACCUGAUUGGAAUAUGGAGACCAGCGCAUCACAGAGUGCGAAAGUAUCUGUAUCUGCUUACCAAACGGAACGCUGAACUGUGAAGAGCUGUGCCCGGGGAGAAUCAGUGUGAACCCGGGGGGACCAUCCUAACUGCUCCGGGGUCCCCGCUGGCGAGGAGUAUCACGAAUGCUGUACUAACCUUGUCUGUACUGACGGUUCUUGUGUUUCCGAUAAUGGCACACGUUACAUCAACAACACAAGGUAUAUCACACGCUGUUCUACGUGCGAGUGUUUAAAUGGACUAAUUACCUGCAGUGAUCUGUACGAGUGCGAGGAUACUAACCAGCUAAUUAGCUGUCAACGCCGAGUUGAGGGAGAGUCCGACAGUUGUUGCCCUGAACAUGAAUGCUUAUCGGAGUGUGUGGAGGGCAACGUUACGUACGAACAUGGUGACACAGUCAUGCGGGGUUGUAACGAACGGUGCUCCUGUCAGAAUGGUUGGAUCAGCUGUGAGAAGAUCUGCCCCGAGGUCGACCUAUCACCUCCGACCACUGCCUAAACCCUAUCAUGGCCUUUCCUCCUGGGGAAAGAUGUGCCGUCGUACACUGCGCCGGGUCAAAUACUGUGAGCUGCGUCAUAGAUGGUGUGUCUCAGGUCGUACAGGAGCCCCGGGUAACAGAGCGCUGCCAUCGCUGUACCUGCCUGGACCAGUACUCGUAUCGGUGUGACCGUGGCUGUUACACAGACAUAGCGGGAAUCCAGCCCAGUAGUGCCUGUCCCAGUCCACAGCUAGUGCAUAUUGAAGGGGAAUGCUGUCCACAAAUCUGGUGCAACCCUGCCAGUAAUUUUACAGAAUCAACACCUAACACUGUCAAGCUGUUGAAAGUUUCCUGGGCGACAGCACAGAACCUUAACCUUGAGUUUAGCAGUCCAGUCACUGGCGACCUGAACGGUAGUCUUCUCGGAUAUCACAUCUUCUACUGGGAGAGUGAUGCCGUUCCACCCACCAGCAUAGAUGAAUGGGCUCACAGAUUCCUGCCUCUAAACCAAACUCAGGAACAAUCUUCUUCGAACUCUAGUAAUGAAGCGUUUGAAGAGAGUUUUGCCUCAGGCAGCACUGUGCGGACAGCACUGAAUGGUCUGAAUCCAGGGCAAACUUAUCUCGUCCGUAUUCAGAUUGGAUUGCUCCAGGACAACAGUCACGGGCUAUCUAGUCUUAACUCCCCAAAAGAAUCAGAUGCUCCAUUGUCUGUGAUAGCUGUAGCCCCUCCCAUUACGGGUUACAAAUGCUGGGUAAAAGAUCGGUAUAUAAGUCAUGGGAAGCAGUACCAGGAUGGAUGUGACGUCGUUUGUACCUGUAGUUUUGGGGAGCUAUCAUGCGAACCUGUCUGCCCUGUAGACCCGCCCACCUGUCCACGCCCUGUCGAAAGAUCGACAGCCGGAGAGUGCUGCGGACGAACGAAAUGUUACGGGAAACCGGGAUGUUGCCCUUACGGGAACACCACCCUUGAGGAUGGCGACACAGUCCGGGAGAGUUGUGAACGCUACUGUCGUUGUGAUAACGGUACCGUCAGCUGCUGGCAAGCUUGCUCUCAUCUCAAACCUCCAAGGCCGGAAUGUACCAAAGUCUACCAUAAGGACCGCUGCUGCCCCACCUGGCGAUGUCCUUCAGAAAAGCAUCCCCCGUUUGGUAUCGAAGCCAGGGUUACGCUGAAGGUGACAGGUGUUUGUGAUGGUCAAAAUAAACAGUUUCUGCAAGAGAUGUCGCGCAGUAUUACGGAUUUGUUCCGGAGUGAAGAUUUAUGUGCAGCGAAAUCAGAAAAUAACAGUUUGGUCACUUGUUCGGAUUCACAGUUUACGACUAUUUGCCCUGAGGAUCAACAUGGAGGUGCUUCGUCUGGCACCAUUUUGAUUAUUGUCACUGUAAAAGUUUUUAACGAAGCUCUGGAUCCAGAUUUUACAGGUGGCCCUCAGUUACGAGAAACUGUAGACCGUAUUCGUAAUCUGACGUCGUCUGGAAUUGAGGUUACAAUUGGAGACGUCACUUACCCCGUCAUGACGAUGAUUUACGUCAGCGACAGCACUGUCAUAUGUAGACCAGGGUACCUCAAACAUGAUCACGGUUGCAUGGCAGGGCAUGUCAUCAGCUCAAAUCGGUCCGUGUCCUACCACGUAGCGAUGAACGUCUUGAAUGUAACGGAGUCCACGGCUAGUCUUCGCUGGACAGGUCUGCCUCAUGAUCACCUCCAGUACCUGGAUGCCUUGAGGUUGGAGUAUCGGGACAUUGUCGCCAAUGGUACUUGGUUGACCACGGAGAAACUGCACGUCUCUAGAACGGGAUACGUCCUACGGGCUCUCGCUCCUACUAGGUUUUAUCUAGUCAGAUUACUCUUACUGACUUCAAGUCCAGGGCUGGGGCGCUAUACAGCCGCAUCAUCCGUCUUCAAAACGCUCUACAUAAAAGCCAUUUCCCGGCCAGAGAUAACCGGAAUGGAUGUGUCGUCUUCCGCCGUAACUGUCCGUUGGAGUGAAUUACCAGAUGAGCACAGGCGCUACGCAGAAGAAUAUUUCAUAGCUUUCAGCAAUAUUUCCAAAGGAGGGCAAGCUUUUCCAUAUAAUAGAACCCCUUCACUGGCUCCCACCGUCACAGAGUACACGCUCCAGGCGUUAGCACCAGACACUAUAUACAAAGUCAAAGUAGCAUUAGUUUUAUCCAAUGGGACAACAGUAUUCUCUCUGUCAGCGGAUGUAAGAACGAAAGAAGCUGAAGUUUCAGGAUUUAUUUCCCAUCGCGCAGUGAUAAUUGGCGUGAGUUCCGUGGCCUUCUUGGCAGUGGCAGCUCUCAUCACCCUCUUAGUCUGUAUCUUUAAAAUGCGUCGAUCAUCUUCAAGAUUGAGUGUCUCCAGCAGUGAAAAUAAUUUUGAAAACAAAAUGUUCGAUAUGGAAACAACUCCAGAAAAGGCUUCAUGGGACAAGACCACUAAUUAAUUAAUAUUUUGAUAGUAAUUGUCAUCACCCGCCUGUACAGAUUUGAAGCUAUAUGUUAAAGUCAUAACUGUGUGUUAUGGGGUAUACACUAGGCUGUAUGGGAAUACGACCCUGACAUUAAAUUACUUUGUAUUUUAGAAGUAAUGACAUGUGUCAAAGGCAUAAUUUUAACUUGUGUUAUUGAAUCUUAAUUCAUAAUGAACAUAAAGACGUAUCAUGUUGACUGAGGAUGAAAUCAGGAAACGUUAUAUAUCCAGAUAGCUGCUCAUAUGAUUUGCUCUGAAUGAAUUCUGCGAAAAUGUAUUGUUUGUAUGCGGUUUCUAAUGUUAUAUUUUACAUGAUGUGAGUGGUAUGGUGUAGCAUAUACCUGUAUAUUUUUGUCUUUCAUUGUAUGUCCAUUUUAUGAAGCGCUUGUUUAAGCCUUGUCUGUAGGAAAAUCAACUUUGUAAGGUUUGCCGCAUGUGAAUACUGCACCAUUAUAGCCAGUUCAUUCAUAAAACAUAACAGAUAUUUUUCUUAUCAUUUGUAGAUAACUGAUGGCAACUGAUGCCAGUUGUCUAAAAAGUUACUUUAAACAUAGUGGCGAUAGAAAAAGAUUCCAAAAGUCAUGAAUAUCUACACAGCUCCGUUAUUUACGGAGAAUAAUAAGUUUACAUUCUACAGGAAAUAUUCGGUUAAAAUUAACCGUUUUCACAUGAUUAUAUUUAAACCAAACAUUUUUAUUUCUUAUCCAGUGCAUGACAGAAUCUCAGAAUCGACACAAGAAGAUGAAUAGUGUAUUACAUUGCCAUACCGGUGUUUUAGAGAACAACACUAAUUCAAAUGAUACUCUCGUUACAGUAAUCGUGGUCUCCUAUAAAAAUGAAUUGCACAUAUCUAAAGUCAUCAUUCACAUCAUUAUACAUUUUUCACCUGUGUUAUUAGCUGGUAUGUUUAAAUUGGUCACAAGUUUGUGAUUCAGUGUUAUUAAUUCACAAGUAUGUUUGAUGAAUUUUGGUGGUAAUAGUACUGGUAACUUUGUGUAUAGGCCUGUACAUGUAGAAAAACACAGAUGCACUCCAUGCAUGAUUAUGCAUCAAAACUUUGGACAUUGCCAAAUUCAUUUCAGCUAUGCGCCAAUAUUAAUCAACGAAGUCACUUUUUAUCACUAUUAAUUGGAGUUGUCAAAAAUAAUAAAAAUCUCUCUUUUGUACUAAAACAGUAUAGGUUAACGAAGUCGCUUUUUUAUCAUUAUUUAACUGGAACGAUCGCAAAGAAUAGGAAUCCCUCUUUUAUACUAAAAGAUGUAGUCCAAAUAAAUAUGCAUUGCUUUUCAGUAUUAGAUGUGUUGGCAAAGCCUUUAGAAUGUUGUAAGGAGCUGUAUGUAUAGAGAUUGAGGUAACCAAGCUCUACCUACCCCGCGUGAAGUGCUCCUUACAAUUGCUUAAUUCGUUUAUUUGUUACUCAACACCAUCCCAUACAGUUGAUGUUUUAUGAUUCAAGCUCAUAAUGUCACCUCAAUGUGUAAUUAAUUAAAGCUUAUAUAAUUUUAAGAGAAUAAAUGUUAUAUUUUGAUAGAA